AUGAAUCGCCGGCAGGUUGUGUACCGGAUGAUCGUUAAAGAUUGCAAGGCCUUUCUAGGCUUAAUCGCCUGCUUUUUUUCUACCAACGCUUUGCAGCAGUUUCAUUUUCACCCAAUUGAGUAA